UUUGCGGGCGGCCAGCGGAGGACUGGCAGGGCACGCACUGGCCCCUGGCGCCCACCCACACCCCUCCCCCAGAGAGCUGACCCGGCUCCCCGGACCUCGGCAGGAUGACAGAGAAGCUGAAGACAACAAGGAUCAUCUUUGUGGUGGGUGGGCCUGGCUCCGGAAAGGGCACCCAGUGUGAGAAGAUUGUCCAGAAGUACGGCUACACCCACCUCUCCACUGGGGACCUGCUGCGGGCCGAGGUCAGCUCAGGCUCGGCCAGGGGCAAGAUGCUGUCAGAGAUCAUGGAGAAGGGGCAACUGGUGCCCUUGGACACAGUGUUGGACAUGCUCCGAGACGCCAUGUUGGCCAAAGUGGACACUUCCAAAGGCUUCCUGAUCGACGGCUACCCGAGGGAGGUGCAGCAGGGGGAAGAGUUUGAAAAGCGGAUUGCACAGCCCACGCUGCUGCUGUAUGUGGACGCGGGCGCCGAGACCAUGACCCAACGGCUUCUGAAGCGUGGCGAGACUAGCGGGCGUGUGGACGACAAUGAGGAGACCAUCAAGAGCCGGCUGCAGACCUACUACAAGGCCACGGAGCCGGUCAUCGCUUUCUAUGAGAAGCGCGGCAUCGUGCGCAAGGUCAAUGCCGAAGGCUCCGUGGACAGUGUUUUCUCCCAGGUCUGCACCCAUCUGGACACCCUGAAAUAGUAAGGUCUGGAGUCUCCCCAGCUCAGAGUCCCCACCCAGCCCUGUCCUGCCUACACGCUGUGCUGGCCCCGGGCCCGGUACCUCCACCCUCCCGGCGGGAGCUCAGACAGAGGAAGCUCCGUUAUCCUGUUUUCACGGACAGCCGAGCACUAAAGGAAUUUGCAAGGACA